UUUUAUUUAUUAUUAUUAUUUUUUUUUUACUCCAUUUACACUUCUCUAGCUCUUGUGGUGUUUUAUGAGUCAGAAACAAACACUUGCUAUUCUCAGUUCAUUUAUUUUAGAAAGUUGUGAGAAGCAGCCAACUCUUAGUCCGUGUUAGCCAGCCGUGUUUCCCUCUCAGUGUUUCUGCGCCCACCCACUCCUCUCCUGUGUGUGUGUGUGUGUGUGUGUGUGUGUGUGUGUGUGUUACAGUGUGUCCCGUUUAGCCUGCCUACUCUCUGUAGCUGCUCCAGCCACUACAUGGGGAAGGACAGGCAGCUGGGAGGCGGUAUUGCCGAAUAGCGUACAACCCCUGGCGCGAGAUAUUCAGUGUACAAGAAAUCGCCGCGCCGUUGAACGCACUCUUGAUUUUCCUAAAGCCUGCAUUAGCUGAGAAACUAGCCGGGAAUGGCUUCGUCUCCGUGCGGCGGCGGCAACUUUGACUGCGGACUCGAAAUCAAAACUCGGUCGGUGGAGCAAACCCUCAUCCCUCUGGUGUCUCAGAUAACCACCCUGAUUAAUCACAAGGACAAGCUAAAGAAGACAGAGAGGACGUCGCGGGCCAUCCAGAGGGUCGGCCAGGCGGUCAGCGGCGCCGUGAGCCGCUUUGUGGCUGUCGGAGAGGCCAUUGCAUUGGAGAAUGAGGAAUUAAAGGAAGAAAUGGGUCACGCUUGCUUUGAGGCCAGGCGAGCAGGCACAGCUAUAGCGCAGCUGACAGAUGUGUGUAGCAUUGAACCGAGCGAGACCGAUGGCCGUAGCACUGUGUUCAGUGACAGGAUGGGCAUGGUGAAAGCAGCUCGCAUGCUCCUCUCCUCCGUCACCAAAGUGCUGGUGCUCGCAGAUCGCAUCGUCAUCAAACAGAUCAUCAGUUCCCGCAACAAAGUACUGGUCACACUGGAACAGUUGGAGCGGGUCAGCACCUUUCAAGAGUUUGUGCAGAUCUUCAGUCAAUUCGGCAAUGAGAUGGUGGAAUUUGCGCACCUUACAGGGGACAGGCAGAAUGAUCUGAAGGAUGAGAAGCAGAAGGCACGCAUGGCCGCAGCCCGUGCUGUGUUGGAGAAAUGCACCAUGAUGCUCCUCACUGCUUCUAAGACAUGUCUGAGGCACCCAGACUGUGAGUCUGCACGGAUCAACAAGAACGCCGUGUUCCAGCGCAUGCGCCUGGCUCUGGAGCAGGUUAUCGAGAUUGUGACAGAUGCCAGGAGCAGUGGAGAGGCCAAAGCACUGCCCAUCAGUAUCUAUGCUGGAAUUAAAGACCUUAAGAAUAAGGUGGAGGGAUUGAGGGAAUCUCUGUUCCAUGUGCCAUGUGAGACUGUAGCAGCACAGCUGGAGGCUCUGGUAGAACAGACUGAAGACUUCACUGAUUCAGCGUACACUAGCCACGAGCAGCGCGAGAGCAUCCUGCAGCUCUGCCACGCAACAAGACAGGAAACCAAGCAGCUCAUCUCCGCCUGGAGUCAGGCACAGUCAUUCAAAGCCAAUGAAGUGACGGAAGAAGUGGAGUUGGCUAUUCUGAAGACCUGUCAGAGUCUCGGUGAGCUCAGACGUGAGCUCCACAAGGUAGCAGUGGGGCGGGCCAGUGAGCUGCUGAAGCUGCACUCUGAUCAUGCCGUGCUCCAGGCUCUGAAGGCCACAGGAGGCGAGGGAAAUGUCGAGGCAGUGGCUGAUUAUGCCCGAACACUCACCGAGCACAGGGAGCAGCUGGUGGAGACCUGCCGACUGCUGUGCCACAUCUCAGGCACGGAGCCGCUGGAGAUCACGUGCAUCCAUGCCGAGGAGACCUUCCAUGUCAUUGGUCCACAGAUCAUCUCGGCAGCUCAGACGCUGGCUCUGCACCCCAACAGUAAGAUCGCCAAAGAAAACCUGGACGUGUUCUGUGAGGCCUGGGAGUCGCAGCUGUGCGACAUGGCCAUCCUGCUGAAAGAGAUCAGCGAUGUGUUCGAAGGCCGCAGAGGUGAUAAAAGAACAUAUCUGUCGUUACCUCGGCCAGGGCACUCGGCUAAUCUGAAGACUCCGAAGACAGCCAAGCUCGACACAGAGGGGCCAGUGUGUUGUGGUGGUCAGGAUCAGACCACCAUCACGAAGCUGGGACAGGAACUCCGGCUUCUUACCUCGGAUGUGGAUUCUGAGCUGGAGCACUGGGAGAAUCAGGAGCACGAGGUGGUCCGACAGUGUCAGAGCAUGUCCAGCAUGGCAUACUCCAUGUACCUCUUUACCAGGGGGGAAGGCCUGUUGAAGACCACUCUGGACCUUUUCCACCAAGCUGAGGUUCUGUCAGAGCUGGGUCUACAGCUGUGCUCCUUCCUGCAGUCCUUCACCUUACAGCUGGUGGAUGAGGAGAAAAUGCUCCUGACAUCUGAGACAGAGAAACUGGCAGCUUUUUGUCAGCAGCUACAAAUUUGUGCCAAGACUCCUGUCCAGGGGAAGAGUGCGACGUUCCAGAAGGUGGAUUCGACUAUACACAACACCAAAGGCGUGAUGACAGUGGUGGCAUCUCUCCUACCUCUGUGUAAUAAACUCAUCAGAAAGUGUAAAUCAGAGUGCAGCAGUCUGGAUUCCCCUCAGGCCUGGAGAGAGAGGCAGCACACUCCGGUUAAAGAAGACGCGCUGAAUGGCAAAAGCUCCAAUGGCUUCAGGGUCAAACCCCUGGAGCAGCACAUGGCCAAUCUCACCUUCUUAGAGAGCAAGUAGCUCAGAGCCCUUAUAGCCCAAAGCUAAUGAAACCUGGAGUAUUAUUCUACACACACACACACACACACACACACACACACACACACACACACACACACACAUAUACGCUUUGCCUCAUACGUUUUCUGUUGUGCAGUGGCUCCUGGCAUUCCUGCUGCACUACUCACAUAUACAAUAAGGUCCAAAAGUCUCUUACCAAGAACUGUUUUUAUUUCAGAAUCCAUUUCACAACUUAGGUUAUUCUUCACUAAAGAAUGAUUUAAUUAAAAAAAAAAAAGAGGUAGCAACAAUAUUAUGCUAUUUAGAGCCAACUCUUAGGAUAAAAUGUAGAAGAAAGUCACAAUAGGU